AUGACCGGGUGUGCUCUUUCCUCUAGGGUGGUGAAAUUCCGGCGGACGGGUGAGAGCGCGAGGUCAGAGGACGACACAGCCUCGGGGGAGCAUGAGGUCCAGAUCGAAGGGGUCCACACGGGCCUAGAAGCUGUGGAGCUGGAUGAUGGGGCAGCGGUGCCCAAGGAGUUUGCCAAUCCCACUGAUGAUACUUUCAUGGUGGAGGAUGCGGUGGAAGCCAUCGGGUUUGGAAAGUUUCAAUGGAAGCUGUCUGUCCUCACUGGCUUAGCAUGGAUGGCCGACGCCAUGGAGAUGAUGAUUUUGAGCAUCCUGGCUCCUCAGCUGCACUGCGAGUGGCGCCUCCCCAGCUGGCAGGUGGCCUUGCUGACUUCGGUGGUCUUUGUCGGCAUGAUGUCCAGCUCCACGCUCUGGGGAAAUAUCUCGGACCAGUAUGGCAGGAAAACAGGGCUGAAGAUCAGCGUGCUCUGGACCCUGUACUACGGCAUCCUCAGCGCUUUCGCCCCCGUGUAUAGCUGGAUCCUGGUGCUCCGGGGACUGGUGGGCUUUGGAAUCGGAGGGGUUCCCCAGUCGGUGACACUCUAUGCUGAGUUCCUUCCCAUGAAAGCCAGAGCCAAGUGUAUUUUGCUGAUUGAGGUCUUCUGGGCCAUCGGGACAGUGUUUGAAGUCGUCCUGGCUGUGUUCGUGAUGCCCAGCUUAGGCUGGCGAUGGCUGCUCAUCCUCUCCGCGGUUCCGCUCCUCCUCUUCGCCAUUCUGUGCUUUUGGCUGCCGGAGAGCGCAAGGUACGAUGUGCUAUCAGGGAACCAAGAGAAGGCCAUCGCCACCUUAAAGAGGAUAGCGACCGAGAAUGGAGCACCUAUGCCGCUGGGCAAGCUCAUCGUCUCCAGGCAGGAAGAUCGUGGCAAAAUGCGGGAUCUUUUCACCCCCCACUUCAGAGGGACAACCCUGCUGCUGUGGUUUAUAUGGUUCUCCAACGCAUUCUCUUACUACGGACUUGUCUUGCUCACCACGGAGCUGUUCCAGGCAGGAGAUGUUUGCAGCAUCUCCAGCCGGAAGAGGGCAGUUGAGGCCAAGUGCAGCCUGGCCUGUGAGUACCUAAGUGAGGAGGAUUACAUGGACCUGCUCUGGACCACCCUCUCUGAGUUUCCAGGUGUUCUCGUGACUCUGUGGGUCAUUGACCGCCUGGGCCGCAAGAAGACCAUGGCCUUGUGCUUCCUCAUCUUUUCCUUCUGUAGCCUCCUGCUGUUCAUCUGUGUUGGACGAAACAUGCUCACUCUCUUACUCUUCAUCGCAAGAGCAUUUAUUUCCGGAGGCUUCCAAGCAGCCUAUGUUUACACACCUGAGGUCUACCCCACAGCAACACGAGCACUGGGCCUGGGCACCUGCAGUGGCAUGGCAAGAGUGGGUGCCCUCAUCACUCCGUUCAUUGCUCAGGUGAUGCUAGAAUCUUCUGUGUACCUGACAUUGGCGGUUUAUAGUGGCUGCUGCCUCCUGGCUGCCCUGGCCUCCUACUUUUUGCCCAUUGAGACCAAAGGUCGUGGUCUGCAGGAGUCCAGUCACCGAGAGUGGGGCCAGGAGAUGGUCGGCCGAGGAAUGCAUGGCCCAAGCGUCCCCAGGUCAAACUCUGGCUCUCAGGAAUAGCACCCACUGGGGAGUGCUGAGCUGGUCUUGGGGGCUGGUGUGGCCCCACUGAGGACACAGAUGGUCACUGCCGACAUCAAGAGCCCACCCAAGAGGACUGCUGGGACCAACAGGGUUUUGUGUCUUAAUUCCAUUUGCUCAUCUUCAUCAAGGUCUGCCAGGGGCUGGAAAGGUGUCUGCUCCAGGGGUUCACUGUAUGCGUGGGGCAAAAUUUGUGAAUAACCUGUGGGUCUGAAUGGGAAAAUUUUAACUUGCCACUGUGGGGAGGUAAGGUACUGAUUUAAGGACAUAGCAGCCACACAAACACAGCCCAGAAUCACUUGGUCACAUCCCCAUGAAUAACAACCAAAAGAUCUUGUAGACCCCCACCACCCAGGCCCAGACUCACUCACACCUGCCACCCACCACCCAGACAGUUCUGUUCCACAGGUUUCUCUACACUCACCAGGCUUUCUCCUUUGGAAUUGCAGGUGACCCGGCUAAGGCCUCAGCAGUGUUUCCUUGGGUCAGGGAAAUGAUUGCUCCCUCCCUCAGCCGGGGCACCUACGUCUUCCUUUCCAGGGCCUGACUUGCCCCGAAUCUGGCAGGUAGACAGGCCCUUGAACUUGAGCUGUGUGCUCCUGUUUGACCCCUCUGGAGUUGCUGUCUCUGCCUCCAGGGAAUUCAGGCACAUGUCCCUGGGGGCCAGCUGAACCUGCACCACACAACAGACCUCAGAAAGCUAUCACACCCGCCCUGGGACUUGGGGGCAGCUUAAUGCCGAAAGGAGGUGAGAAAUAAAUCCACAGCCAAAGCAGGACUCCUGAUGAAGCCGCAGAGGCCAUGCCUGGCUUCUGUUCUGAUCCCUUCCUGGAUCAGGCUUCAGGUGAUUCCUGGAAAAAAAAUCCAGGUUCACCCCGGGUGGCAGGGCUGAGGAUUUUUUUUUUUUUUUAAUGUGCACAGAUAGAUGUCUGAUGGGAUACCCAAAGGAUGCUACCCAAAAAAAUGCUACACCAGCCAGCAGCUCCAACCACGGCUAUGGCCAGGGGAGCCUUGAUGUUCAACUGAUUUCCUUUUUUGGGGGGCGGGGGACCAGCUUGGGCUUUGCACAGACACAGCUCUCUGGCAUUUCAGAGUGGGAGCCCUUGGCAGGCAGGCAUGCAUGCCAUGGAAUGUGGAGGCAUCAGAGGUCCCAAAUGUGUGAAAUGUGCCCCCUGUUCGGGAGGAGAAGGGGGACAAAGGAGGCCUGGCUGACCUUGGGAGGAAGGACCAGGGCUAUAUCUUAGUGAACACACCCCCUGCUGGGGUUUGGGUUAUGUGCACCGUCCACACGGUGAAGGUCAGGGAUCUAGAGCAGCUACCAGGAAGCUGCCAGAUCCCUUUGAAGGUCAAAGAAGACUACACCUCUGAGGGAAGGAAACCUUGCAAAGAAGGUGUGUGUGUGCGCGUGUGUAUGUGUGUGUGUGUGCCCAUGCCGUGUGCAUGUGUGUGUUCAUCUCUAAUUAAACCAUGUUGGUGAUGGA